GAGCGAUGUGGGAACCACCUGUUCUGUGUGAUGGACAAGAAACAAAACAUUUGAUAAAGGGAAGAAACACAGUAUCUGAUAAAUGGAAGCCAUGAAGAUAUCAAAGCGGUUCUUCGCUUUUGGGAUUUUGGCAUGCGUAGCUAUUUAUGUUGCAUACAUAAAAUGGCACUUGGAUUCCAAACCAGUCGUGGGAGCAACUGAAGGAGUUGCUGAAAGCAAGGGAGACAAACUGAACCAUCAGGCAGUGACCACAGAUCCCUCGGUCUUUUAUGGAAUUAUGUUUGAUGCAGGAAGCACGGGAACUCGCAUCCAUAUUUUUAAAUUUACACAGCAGCCAAAAGAGACUCCCAAAUUAACCCAUGAGACGUUUAAAGCACUGAAGCCAGGUCUAUCCGCGUAUGCUGAUGAUGUUGAAAAGAGUGGCCAGGGAAUAAAAGAGCUCUUGGAGGUGGCAAAGAAGGAGGUUCCUAUGGAGCUGUGGAAGUUUACCCCUCUGGUCCUGAAAGCCACAGCUGGCCUACGGUUGCUGCCAGGAGAGAAAGCUCAGAAGUUGCUGGAUAAGGUGAAGGAGAUUUUUCAGGCCUCCCCCUUCUUCGUGAGGGACAACUGCGUGUCGAUCAUGAACGGCACCGAUGAAGGUAUUUCAGCGUGGAUCACAAUAAAUUUUUUAACAGGUAGCCUAGAUGAUCCGCAGAAGAGAAGUGUAGGGAUGCUGGAUUUGGGUGGUGGAUCAACACAGAUCACCUUCCUUCCACGCACCGAGGCAACUCUCCAGACGUCACCAGCUGGCCAUACAACUUCAUUUCAGAUGUUUAACAACACUUACAAGCUGUAUUCGUACAGUUACCUGGGACUCGGGCUGAUGUCAGCAAGGCUCGCCAUUUUAGGAGGAAUUGAGGGAAAACCCUUAGGAGAAGGGGAGGAAUUGAUCAGCCCUUGCUUGCCACCUGGCUUCAAAUCUGAAUGGCAACAUGCUGAGAUAGUGUACAAAAUUAAAGGACAGAAGGCAGGUGAGCCUCUGUAUGAGUCUUGUUCUAACAAAGUGGCAAAGAUGCUCUACAAAAAAGUGCAUAAAGCUGAGGAAGUGAAGGACUUGGAUUUUUACACUUUCUCCUACUACUAUGACCGUGCAGCAGAGGUUGGUCUCAUAGAUAAAGAAAAAGGAGGAAGCUUAACUGUCAGUGACUUUGAAAUUGCAGCUAAAUACGUGUGUAAGACCAUGGAAAUCAGCCCCGGAAGCAGCCCUUUCCUCUGCAUGGACCUCACGUACAUCACCUUCCUCCUGCAAGAACUGGGCUUCCCAAAGAGCCAAGUCUUUAAGCUUGCCCGGAAAAUUGACAAUGUUGAAACGAGCUGGGCAUUGGGAGCCACUUUUCAUUACAUUGACUCACUCAAUAGACUGCAGUUCUAAAGCUCCUUGAAGGUGACUUUUGGGAAUCUCAGUUUUUGGAAGCCCAGCAUGGGAGAAUCUAUCAAAGGGCUUGCUUUUGGCUUCCGGAGUCCUUUGAGAGGUCAUCAUAAACUAGGCCCCUUUCCUCCCACCCCCUGCCAAGUCCUCUCCAUCACUAGCUCUUUUUUACAGUGCAGAGUGCAGUAUCUAAAGAAUAAGCCUUGAUUUGACAGCAUCUACCAUCAGCUUGAUGUAAAACUUGAUCGUUGUUGAAGGAAAACCAGGACUCUGCAGGACGUCUAUGAUCUCUAUGAGAAAAACACACGUUUUUUUGGAAUGUGCCUGUACUAUGUGCUUGUACUGUGCUGA